CGUUCGCUACCAAAUUGUAGAAGUGGUUGCGAUUUUACGUUUACUUGUUUACUUUAACAAUGUUCAGACACGCUGUCUUCUUGGUUUGUAUUUUAGCUCUAGAAAACAGAGCAUUCAUCUUACCACAGUUGGAUGAACAGGGUCCAGGGCCUCGCAUUGUGGGCGGUUCUACAGCGCCUGAUGGUCGGGUCCCGUACCAAGCUUCCCUACGCAAUGUAUUAAAUUCUCAUUUUUGUGGAGGCUCCGUCCUAAACAAUCGAUGGGUGUUGACCGCUGCACACUGUACUGUUGGACAAUCUAAGAGCUCGAUCAAAGUCGUGGUUGGCACCAACAACCUCCUCGUCGGCGGAGACCGGUACUCCGUCGAAAUCAUCAUCAUUCAUGAAGGCUACGACAGCGUUCAGAUCAGCAAUGACGUCAGCGUUAUCAAAGUCACCAGCGACAUCGAGUUCAAAGACAGAGUUCAGCCAAUUCAACUGCCUGAUGAGGAUACAUAUGCCGGUGCUGAUGUCGUGCUAAGUGGAUGGGGCAGACUUUCUUAUCCAGGUAUAUACCCAACGCAGCUACAGAUAAUCAACCUAACGGCGCUGAGCGUGGAAGAAUGCCAGGCAGCGUAUAGCACGAUCAACCCGGUGUUCCCCUCGGAGAUCUGUACGCUUACAAAGGCUGGAGAAGGCGCUUGCCAUGGUGACUCCGGCGGACCUCUAGUGGAAAACGACAGGUUAGUCGGUGUGGUAUCCUGGGGCAUGCCGUGUGCGCGAGGGUAUCCCGACGUCUACUCCAGGGUGUACUACUUCAAGAGCUGGAUCCAGGAUAAGAUGGAUAAUAAUUAGGUUAACGGUAUUUGUAAAGUAGAUUAAUGAUUACUAAUAUAUUUCAAUUGUAUUUUAAUGUAUGUGAUAUCACUGUUUAUAGCUGAGACAUGAAAUAAACAUUAAUUUAAGUCUAACUAUAUGUCAAAACCAUUUUAUUUCUUAAAUAUAAAGAUUAUUGAUCAAAAUUUAAAUAUAGUGGCGAUAGUCUAAUUGGGCGUCAAACGGACUACCGAGACGAAUGUCCGUAGGUUUAAACCUUAAGGCAACACUUCUGACUUUUUAAAGUUAUUUAUGUAUUAUUUGUGAAUUAUCGCUUACUUUAACAGUGAACAUUGUGAGGAAAACACCUGAGAAAUUGACAAUCCGUACUAGAGCAUGGUGGUAGAAUAAGGCCUAAACCAUCUCAGUAGUAGUGGAGGCCCGUGCGAAUCUUUGGGAUAGUAUAAAACACAGGGCGGAUAUUAUUCAGACGCAGAACACUACUUCGAUUAUAAUCAAUGAUUACACGCUGAAAAAAAGGAAAUAUUACGUAUAUUAUAUUUCAAGGUAGAUAUGUAAAAGUUACACUUAACUUGUAUCAUAUAUGUUGUACAUAUUUUAUACAUCAUCUAAUUCUGUACAUUAAAGGAUAUUGUAAAACACAUUAUAAUAUAUACUAUUAUAUAAAAUUGAA